GUAUCUUUGCAUUUUAUAGUGUACUCGAUAACUGUUUAUCUAUCUAUGUUAUUGUAAAUUGGGAUAAACAAUAGAAAAACAUCUUAUAAAGUAUGAAACGUGCAUACGUCUAUAAAAAUAAAUCCGAAGAAGAUGGAAAACUUAUGGCCGUGGAAGACACGAUUAAAGACUUCAAAAAAGAAAUAUCUUCGCAGUUCCAUAUAUCGGAGCAAAAUCUCAAGUUAUACACCGCAAAUGGUUGUGAAAUAAAUGACGUGAGGGUUAUAAGAGACAAUGAGAAAGUUUAUUUAUCUUCAGAGUGUGAUAAAACGUUAACAGACUGUGAUAAAAUUAAUGAUUCUAUGGAGAAAAUGUCAGCUUCAGAUGAUAAAGACAGAGAAGUUUCAGAUUGGAUUAAAUUAAAUGUUGGAGGAAAACAUUUCGUAACUUCGCGUUCCACACUUCUAGCAAAAGAACCGCUGUCAAUGCUGGCUCGAAUGUUUGCUGACAAUCAAAACAUGUACUUAAUGAAUCCUAGUGCCACUGACGAGACAGGAGCAUACCUAAUUGAUAGAAGUCCAGAGUAUUUCGAACCUAUAUUAAAUUAUUUAAGACAUGGAGAAGUUAUAUUAAAUAAAAACAUCAAUCCUAAAGGUGUAUUAGAGGAAGCUGUAUUUUAUGGUCUAGACUCUAUGAUACCACAAUUGAACCACUUGAUUGAAGAGUCAAUAAGUCAAUCUGGCAACAACCAGUCUCUUACAAGAAUGGAUGUAAUCCGGCUUGUAAUUAUGACACCGACAACAUCGGAGCUGAGGUUUCAAGGGGUUAAUUUAGCUGGUGCUGAUCUAAACAGAUUAGAUUUGAGAUAUAUAAAUUUUAAGUAUGCUUGCCUCUCAAGAUGUAAUUUAAGUGGGGCUAACCUCUCACACUGUUGUUUGGAAAGAGCAGAUUUAUCGCAUGCAAAUCUCGAGGGGGCUCAGUUGCUAGGUGUAAAGGCAUUGUGUGCCAAUAUGGAAGGUGCUAUUUUAAAAGGUUGUAACAUGGAAGAUCCAGUAGGAUCAAGAGCAGUGAUGGAAGGAGUUAAUUUAAAAGGUGCGAAUUUAGAUGGAAGCAAUAUGGCAGGUGUUAAUUUGCGUGUGGCAACAUUAAAAAACGCCAAUCUUCAAAACUGUGAUCUCAGAGCUGCUGUAUUAGCUGGUGCAGACUUAGAGUGUUGUGACCUUUCGGGUAGUGAUCUACAUGAAGCAAAUUUACGAGGAGCAAAUUUGAAAGACGCGGCAUUUGAACUUAUGUUGACUCCUUUACAUAUGUCUCAAACUAUUCGAUAAAUUAUUUACUAUGUUAUACUUUAUAUAGAAAUGAAUGAAAUUUACUUGUUUUGUUAUCUACUUAAGUUAUAAAGUAUUAUUCAUUAAAUGCAUUAAUUUUUA